AUGCCGGACGAUACACGAAAAACUUAUAUACUAUCAACUAUUUCGAAUUAUUUUGGUAUCGAGCGUGAUUCUCUAUCAUCUUUAGCUGAUCAUCGUUCAUUAAAUAAUUUUUUUGACGAUGCAAAAUGUCAGUUACUUUCAGCAACACGUGGUGGAAAACAUUCAGUUGAUCUAUCAAAUGAGAUUAAAAUUGUCGAAGGUGCACAAUAUCUUGUUUUAUUUAAACUUCGACCUGAACAAAUUACAUCAGAUAAUCUGUAUACAAAUAUAUUUUUAUCAUCCAUGGUUGAUUCACCAAUUGAUUCUCUUUACUAUAUGAUUAAAUCUGUAUUUUCACCAGCUCUACGUGAUAAUAGUAAUAAUACUAAUCGGUCGAAUCAAGCUGCUAAUCAACAAAUUCAAACAUCAUUAAAUGAACUUGAACAAGUACUUCGUUCAUCAGGAAAGAAAAAUUCAAGUAGUUCAUCGUCAUCGAUGGCAACCAUAUCACAUCCAAAAGAUGAAAUUGCCUAUUGGAAUGACAUGUCAAAAAAUACAUCAAGUAAAACAAAAGAUCUUGAACGAGCAAAAUAUUUUCUUCAACUAUUCGAUCCAAUCAAAGGAAAUUUUGAAAAUAUCGAAAAUUUAUCACUUCUUGAACUAGUAGAUGUUGUCGAAAAAGCACAAGACGUUUAUGACGACAUUUGGAAACAAACGGAACAUGAUGAAUAUCCUGAACAACGUAUGACGCAUUUGUUGGCAAUAACAUCGAUUACGUUUGUUCAAUCUGUUCAAAAACAAUUAUCCAACAUUGAUUUAUGGUCAGAUUCAAAAGAUUCUGUAAAAAAUCGUGAAUAUCUACGUAAUGGUGCUAAUAUAUGUGAGCGAUGGUCUAUUGCUGUUGAACAAUUAACAAGUAUUUAUUGGCGUACUUAUAGUCCACAUCCAUGGAAAGGUGAGCCAUUCAAAGCAACAUACUUAAUACAAUUCAACAAACGUUUACUUCAAAUAAUAACUGUUCGUUCAUCAUACGAACAAUGUCUACGUGCUGAUUCGUCAUUGAAUAAAGGAAAUUUCCCAACAACUAAAGUAUUCUCGCCAUUUUUUAAUCUUAAUCCAAUACAAUUUAAUCCAUAUACCGAUCCAGAAUGGAUCGCUGCAAUGAAUCAAUUUGAAAUUAUAAUGUCAGGUGUAGAUCGUGAUGUUGCAAAACAGCUACGUGAUCAUUUUCAAAAACUUCAGUCCAACCCUCAACAAAUGUUAAUAGAGUUCAAACGUUAUGGUGAUUUGAUGCAGCGUGAUACAAUUCGAAAAGAGUUAGCCUCUCAAAGAGAAUUUCUAUUAGGUCAAUUAGAAAGUGAAGUUAAAAUGUUAGCAGAUGAUUUUAAUAAUUUAACCAAUGCUGGGAAAAAAUCGUCCACCAAAGGAAUUAACCGUACUGUUAUUGCAACUCAACUUGAUACAAGUCGACAAAUAGAAGCCAAAGUAAAUAAUAUAAUUAUUGACGGAGAAAAAUUAUUAAGUGAUUUAUCCAAUUAUUCACGUCUUGCAUCUCUUGCUAAACAACUUAAACAAGAUUUAAUAAAUUGGAGAAAAGAUAAAUUUAAAGAAUGGUGCCAAGAUACAACACGCGCUAUUGAUGAUCCAUCACAAGCAUUAAAUCUUGAAACUACUGGUCGUCUAAUGGAACUUGAUUCACAGGAUGGGAAAUUACGAGUACUUUAUGGCGAUCGAUUAGUUAUAUUACUUAAUGAAGUACGACAAUUAUCAUCACUUGGUUAUGAUAUACCAUCGAAAAUUAUUAAAUGUGCAGAUAUUGGCAAGAAAUUUUAUCAAUACGGAGUUGAACUUCAAGCAUUGUCCCAUUUUUAUAAUACAAUCGAUUCUGAAAUGAUUCCAAGUCAACAACCAUUGAUGCUAGAUUUAGCUAAAAAUUUUGAACGUCUUGUUAAAGAACCGAAAUCAACUCAACGAAGCGGUGAUAGUUCAGCUGUUAAAAUAACUUGGGAUAAUCCUGAACAGUUAUCACGUUAUAUUGCAACACUUCGUGGAGCAGCUGAAAAGUUAAAAACAGAAAAUUUAAAAUUACGCCGUUAUCAUUCAACUAUUGGACAGAUGGUUUGCGCAUUGAUGAAUACGGAUAUAUUACGUGAAUCAAAAAAAUGGGAUGAACAAAUACAAGAUAUCAGAAAAAUUAUGGAUAAUUUAGUUCAUGAAGGUUAUUCAGCUGACAACAUGAAAUCAUGGAGAUCUUUUUGGGAUCGGCAGUUAUAUAAAGCACUUGAUCUUCAAUAUUCAAUAGGUUUAAGAACUUUAACUGAAAAUUUACCAGAAAUUAAUAUUGAUCUGGUUUUCAGUGAUAAUUCUAUUCAAUAUAAAUUAUCAAAUGCAUCACGAGUACAAGGAAAUUUAGAAGCAAUCAAAGCUACGUAUUAUAAUGAAAUGAAAAGAUUUUUAGCAAUACCAUUAACAUUUAGAGGUUUUAGAGAUACAAAGAAAAAAUUAAUUUUUGAAAAUAUAAUGCAAAGACAUAAUGAUGAUAUUGUUGCAUGUUUUUAUGCGUCGAAUCAGUUAUUUAAUAGAUUAGAACGUGGUUUAGAACAAUUUAAAGAAUGGACCAUAUUAGAACAAGUUGAUAUUGAAGAACUUGUAGAAAAAUAUUUACUUGAUGUUGCUGAUUGGGAAAGAAACUUUAGAGUUUUGAAAGUUCGUGGACAAGAUGCAGAGAAACUACCCAAUGAAAUGCGAUACGAUUGUUUUGUCGUCAAUAUAAAUCCUUUUAAGUUAGCAAUCAAAAAUCAAAUACAACGCGUACAAAAUUCAAUGUUAACACAUUUAAAACAUUCAAUAACACGCGAUGCUACUACGAUCGAUGCUUUUGUCAAUGAAGGUCUUGAAAUGCUUAAUGAUCGUCCAAAAAAUCAUGAAGAAAUUCGUUUGUCUUAUAAAAAACAUGAUGAAUUAAAUUCUAAACGUAAAGAUAUACUUCCAUUAUAUGAGCGUCUUGAAUCGAAAAAUAAAUUAUUACGAUCCGUAACUGGUGGUGGCCAUGAGCAACUUGUACAAUUACAAUUGAAAUUGGAUAAAUUUGAAAGCAUGAUGGAUUCACAUAUUCAAAUGAUAAAUGAACAAAAAGAUGUUUUUAAAAGAAAUUUACAAUCACGUUAUGAAACAUUUUUAAAUGAAUGUGAAAAAAUGAAAGCACGUUGGAAACAAAUUCGACCACGCGAACAGGAUAUGAAUGAUGAAAAAAAAUGUCGAGAAUCAUUAAAAAUUGUUCGAGAAAGAGAAAAAGAAAUUCAAGAUAUGAUUAAACAAAAAGAGAAAAUGAUUGAAGAAUUCAAAGUCUUUGGUAUGGAUGAUCCAGUAUUUCGAGAACUGGACGAAGUUAGUACAGAUGUAGCACGUAUUAAGAAUGUUUGGGGAAUUUAUGAAGAAUUUCAAGAAGAAUUAGCUGAAUUAGCAAAAGAAGAUUGGGUUACAUUUCGUAGUAAAACAUAUCGUUUUGAUGAAUUUCUUUCUAAUUGGCAAGAAAAAUUAAAGCAAGUCUCAAGUGAUGAAUCAACAAAAUCAUCAAAAAAACAUUCAUCUAGUAAUAUGAAUGAUCGUAUACAGCAAGAUAUUGAUAAUUAUCGUUUAACAACACCUUUAUUUAAAUGGGUUCGUGGUGAAGCUUUAUCACCAGAUCACUGGUUGGAAUUAUUUCGAAUAUUGAAAAUACCACGUGGUAUUACAUUAGAAAAAUUAACUUUCGGAGAUAUUCUCAGAGCUAAAGAUGAAAUGAUGAAUAAUACUGAACAACUGAAAGAUUUGAAUGCUCGUGCACAAGCUGAACAUACAAUUCGCGAAGCUUUACAUGAAUUAGAUAAUUGGGGUGUAGGUGCACAAUUUUCAUUAACAGAAUAUGUUGAUACUAAACAACAAAAAAUACAAAUAAUUAAAGAUUGGAAAGACUUGUUUACACAAAUCGGAGACAAUCAAAGUCUUUUGUCUUCACUAAAGGAUUCGCCAUAUUACAAGAAUUUCGAGGGCCAAGCACAUAUAUGGGAACAACGUUUAGGUAUUCUUGAUGAAUGUCUUCAUACUCUUAAUCAAACUCAACGUAAAUUUGUCUAUCUGGAACCGAUUUUUGGCAGAGGUGCUUUACCAAAGGAACAAGGGAGAUUUCGUGGCGUUGAUAAAGAAUUUCGUGAAAUAAUGUCUGAAAUUUCAUCGAAUCCUCGUUUAGUUGUAUUCUCACAACGUAAAGAUUUAUCGAAUAUAUUAAAAUCAAUGCUCGAUCAAUUAGGUCGUUGUCAAAAAGCACUUAAUGAACUUCUUGAAGAAAAACGUUCUAUUUUUCCUCGAUUCUAUUUUAUUGGUGAUGAUGAUCUGUUAGAAAUUCUCGGUCAAUCAACAAAUCCAACAGUCAUUCAAACACAUUUAAAAAAGCUUUUCGCUGGUAUCCAUUCAGUUCAAUUUGACGAUACAAAACAAAAUAUACUGGGCAUGCGUUCAUUGGAUGGCGAACUUGUUCCAUUAACAAAAAAAAUUCAUAUAACAACAUCAGUUGAAGAAUGGCUUAAAGAACUAUCAAAAGAGAUGAUCAAUACAUUACAACAACUAUUAGUUAAUGCUUUACAAGAAUCACGAAAACAAUUAGGACAAACACCCGUAGAAAAAUAUCCAUCACAAAUUUCAUGCUUAGCUGAAUCAAUAACGUUUACCGAACGUUGUGAAGAAGCUAUCAGAAAUGGACAGUUAGACAAAUUUCUUGUUGAUAUUAAACAAGUACUUGAAAAAUAUACAAAUGUACCAGUCAGUACUGACUCAUUAGAAGGUCAAGUAACAGAUCUAAAAUAUAAAGCAUUAAUUAUGGAUACCGUUCAUAAUAUGGACGUUGUGCAACAAUUAGCUGAUAGUCGAAUUCAAAAUAUUUAUAGUUGGUUAUGGCAAAAACAAUUAAGAUUUUAUUUAGAAAAUAAUAAAGCUACGAUAAAAAUGGUUGAUGCGCAAUUUAAUUAUACUUAUGAAUAUCAAGGAAAUGCCCAAAAGCUUGUACAUACACCAUUAACGGAUAAAUGUUAUUUAACUUUAACACAAGGAAUGCAUAUGGGAUUUGGUGGAAAUCCGUAUGGACCAGCAGGAACAGGUAAAACCGAAUCAGUUAAAGCUCUUGGGUCAACAUUUGGACGACAAGUUCUUGUAUUCAAUUGUGAUGAGGGUAUUGAUGUGAAAUCAAUUGGUAGAAUAUUUAUCGGUCUUUGUAAAUGUGAUGCUUGGGGAUGUUUCGAUGAAUUCAAUCGUUUAGAUGAAGCUGUUUUAUCUGCUGUAUCGAUGCAAAUUCAAGUUAUUCAAGAUGCUUUAAAAAAUGGUGCACCAACAUUAACAUUACUUGAUAGAAAAAUAGAAAUAAAUCCGAAUUCAGGAAUAUUUGUAACAUUAAAUCCAGCAGGAAAAGGUUAUGGUGGUCGAUCUAAAUUACCUGAUAAUUUAAAACAACUAUUUCGGCCUGUAGCUAUGUCUAAACCAAACAAUGAACUUAUUGCUGAAGUUCUUCUGUAUUCAGAUGGAUUUAAAAAUGCCAACACUUUAGCAAGAAAACUUGUUGCCUUAUUUAAUUUAAGUAAAGAACUUUUAACAACACAACAACAUUAUGAUUGGGGUUUACGAGCAUUGAAAACUGUUUUGAAAGGUUGUGGAACAUUAUUGCGAAAUGCUAAAGCAAAUAAAGUUGAAAUUUCCUCCAAAUAUGAAUCUCAAUUAGUUGUUCAAGCGUCUCGUAUUAAUACAUUAUCGAAAUUAACUUUCGGUGAUUCGAGACGAUUUGAUGGUCUUCUAAAAGAUAUAUUUCCUGGUAUUGAUUUAAAAGAUAUUGAAUAUGAAAAUUUACGACAAGCUUUACAUGAAAUAUAUAAAGAGCAUCAUUUGCGAAUAAAUGAUAUGCAGAUUCGUAAAGCUCUUGAACUCUAUGAGCAACUUCGACAACGUAUGGGUGUUGUUAUUGUCGGUCCUUCUGGUUCUGGGAAAUCAGUCCUAUGGAAGAUGCUUCAACAUGCUAUGCAAAAAACAGGUCAAACUGUGCGAACAUAUGUAAUGAAUCCAAAAUCAAUGCCGAGAAUUCAAUUACUUGGACAUAUUGAUAUUGAUACAAGAGAAUGGUCUGAUGGUGUUUUAACAGCAGCGUCACGUGCAGUUGUUAAAGAACCACUUGAAAUUCAAUCGUGGAUUGUUUGCGAUGGUGAUGUUGAUCCUGAAUGGGUUGAAUCGUUAAAUUCUGUGCUUGAUGAUAAUCGAUUAUUAACAAUGCCAUCUGGUGAACGUAUACAAUUUGGUCCUAAUGUUAAUUUUCUUUUUGAAACGCAUGACCUUAGUUGCGCAUCACCAGCAACUAUUUCUCGAAUGGGAAUGAUCUUUCUAAGUGAUGAAGAUACAGACGUAAAAGCUGUUGUUAAAUCGUGGUUAGCUAAAGAGCCAGCUGAAACACGUUCAGCUACAGAACAAUUAAUAAAUGAUUAUUUCUUUGAUACAUUCAAUUGGGUAAUAAAACAAGGUGAUUUUGUUGUUAGUACAACAUUAAUUGGUACUGUUCUUAAUGGUUUAUCACAUUUACAUGGUGUCAACGAUAAAGCAUUGUUUACGUUGGGUUUAAUUCGUGGGUUAGGUGGAAAUUUAAAUGAAAAAACAAAAGAAGUCUUUGCCCGCGAGGUAUUUAAUUUAACUGGUCAACGUCCACCAGAUCCAAGUAACUUAUUAUCAACAAAAUAUGAUGAACGAUCAAAAAGUUUAACAAAUUAUAGCGAUGAUGAGAAAAUUGAUCUGAGUGUCGAUAAUUUUAACCAUACAUACGAUCUUCCUGUGAUUCGUACAAUUGAUAUUCAACGUUAUCUUGAUUCGUUUCUUCCAUGGCUUAAUAAUAAACAUAGAAAACCUUUUCUUGUGGUUGGACCUGAUGGUUGUGGCAAAGGAACACUUCUACGUUAUUGUUUCCGACAAUUACGUUCAACACAAGUCACAAUUCUACAUUGUAGUGCUCAAACAUCUCCAAUACAUGUAAUACAAAAAUUAAAUCAAUCGUGUAUACAAGUUUCAUCAACAAACGGUCGAACAUAUCGGCCAAAAGAUUGUGAAAAUCUUAUUUUAUACGUUAAAGAUAUUAAUUUGCCUAAACUUGAUAAAUGGGGUACAAGUCAAUUGAUUGAAUUUUUACAACAAAUUUUAACUUAUAACGGUUUUUAUGAUGACAAUCUUGAAUUUGUUAAUCUUGAAAAUAUUCAAAUAGUUGGAAGUAUGAAUCCAUCGAAUACACUUGGAAGACAUAAAUUAUCCACACGUUUUACAUCUAUUGUUCGAAUAUGUUCAAUUAAUUAUCCAAACGAAGAACAAUUACAAACUAUUUAUGCAAAUUAUUUACGGCCAAUACUUCAACAUCAAUUACCUAAUCAUCGUGUUUGGUCAUCAACUGGAAAAAUUAAUCAACUUGCUCUAUCAAUGAUUCAUAUUUAUAAUGAGUUGAGAUCUCGAUUCAGUCAAGAUGCACGUAGCCAUUAUCUAUUUACACCAAGAGAUUUAACACGCUGGUGUCUAAGCUUAUUACGUUAUGAUUUUUCAUCAAUUGGCAAUGAUGCUACGGCUGAAAAUUUACUUGAAAUAUGGACAUAUGAAGGAUUUAGAUUAUUUAAGGAUCGUCUAGUUGGACAUGAUGCGCAAGAAAAAUUCGAUCAAAUAAUUGAUAAAACAUUAAAAACUGAUUGGUCAUCAAAUGCCUUGGGAUCAUUAAAAGAUUCAUUUUUUGUCACUUGGGUUAAUAGUAGUGGUCGUCGAACUCUACCUCCGGCUGGCCGUGUAUUAUCACGAUUAUCUAGUAAAGACUUAAUUCCAUAUAUUGAACGUGGUGUUGCUCGAUAUCGAUCUGAAUAUCGUGAUACAAGCGUAUUCCUAUUUCGUGAAAUUCUUGAUACCAUUGUUCGAUGUGAUCGUGUAUUAACAACACCUGGAGGUUCAUUAUUACUAGCUGGUCGAAGUGGGGUUGGUCGUCGUACAGCAAUUGGCGUUCUUGCUUCUAUGAAUAAUAUGAAAUUAUUCUCACCUAAAGUUGGUCGAAACUAUGGAUUAAAACAAUUUAAAAAUGAUUUAAAAACGGUUUUACAAAGCGCUGGUGUGGAUGGUGAACAAUGCAUUCUAUUAAUGGAAGACUAUCAAUUUAUGGAAUCAACAUUUGUUGAAUUAAUUAAUAGUCUUUUGUCAGCUGGUGAAGUUCCAGGAUUAUAUACACCUGAUGAAGUGGAAUCCAUUCUAUCUCCAUUACGUGAAGAAUCAUCACAAGAAGGCUUUCGUGGAACAAUGGUUCAAUAUUUUGCACAACGAGUAAAAACAAAUUUACAUAUUGCAUUAGUUAUGGAUUUUACUAGACCAACAUUUACAGUGGCCUGCCAAAGUAAUCCAGGUUUUUUCAAAGAAUGUUCUGUACAAUGGAUGGAAGGAUGGUCAGAAAGAUCAAUGUUAAAAAUUCCAUCAAUGCUAUUCUCAAAAGAUCGUUCAGACGAUAACACUAGAGGCAAUCUGACAGGAAAAAUCGAUUUAGAUGAAGAAUUAUUAAAAUUAUUUCAUGCUAUACAUACAACAAUGGAGAAAAAAUAUUUAACACCAAAACGUUAUGUAAUUUUGUUGGAAACGUAUCAACAAGUUUAUUUAACAAAACAACAUGCAGUCAGUACUCGACAACAACAUUUAAAAUCUGGUGUUUCGAAAUUAAGUGAAGCAAGAAAAAUUGUUGAUGAGUUAAAGCGAAAUGCAGAAAUUAAACAAAAAGAACUUGCUGUUAAACAACAUGAAGCUGAUGAAGCACUUAAACAAAUUACGAAAAGCAUGGCUGAUGCUGGAUCACAAAAAACUGAAAUGGAACAACUGGCAGUUAAAGUCAAUGAAGAAACUGCCUUUAUUGAGCGUCAAAAGCGUGAAAUCGACAAUGAAUUAGCUGAAACUCAACCAUUAGUUGAUCAAGCUAAACAAGCUGUUGGCAGUUUACGAUCAGAAACAUUGGUCGAAAUUCGUUCAUUACGUGCGCCACCUGAUGUUAUCAAAGAUAUUCUAGAAGGUGUUCUAAAACUAAUGGGUGUACUUGAUACCUCAUGGACAUCGAUGAAAGGUUUCUUGGGUAAACGUGGUGUCAAAGAAGAAAUAAUGAAUUUUGAUCCACGAAAUGUUACUGUUGAAAAUCGUGAAUCAGUUGAACAGUUAUUACGUAAAAAAGCUGAUUCAUUUACUCCAGAAAAUGCUGCUAAAGCAUCACAAGUAGCAGGUCCUCUGGCAACAUGGGUAGUAGCUAAUGUUAAAUAUUCUAAAGUAUUAGAACGAAUUCGUCCAUUAGAAGAAAAACAAAAUAAAUUAAAAAAGAGUUUGGAAAGUUCAACAAGAAAAAUGGACGAAUUAAGUCAUGAAUUAAAACAAGUCGAUGAUAAAGUUGAAAAAUAUCGAACGACAUUCGAAAAAACAACAAAUGAAGCUCAACGCUUAAAAGUUGAUUUGGAAAAAGCUAAAGAAACAAUUGAAGCUGCACAAAAUCUUGUCGGUAAACUUGAAGGAGAAUUUUAUCGAUGGUCAGCUCAAGUCAACGACUUAAAUGAGCAAUUGAAAAUUUUACCAAAACUUUCUCUAUUAUCUGCUGGUUUCAUUACAUAUUUAGCAAGUCAAUCUGAAGAUAAACGUCUUAGUUAUAUAAACAAAUGGAAACAAUUGCUAAAUGUUGAUGAAAAAUUUGAUAUAAGAAAAUUUUUAUCGACAGAAAGUGAACAGCUAGUAUGGAAAAGUCAAGGUUUACCUUCUGAUGAAUUGUCCAUGGAAAAUGCAAUGGUUAUACUUCGUUCACAAUUAUGUCCUUUUCUUGUUGAUCCAUCAUCACGUGCAACUGAUUGGUUAAAAACGCAUUUAAAAGAUAAAAAAGUUGAAGUUAUUAAUCAACAGGAUAAUAAUUUUACAACACAAUUAGAAUUAGCUGUACGUUUUGGAAAAACAUUAAUUGUACAAGAAGUUGACGGGGUUGAACCAGUACUUUAUCCAAUUUUAAGAAAAGAUCUAGCUUCGCAAGGUCCUAGACAUGUUGUUCAAAUUGGUGAAAAGAUUAUUGACUAUAAUCCAGAUUUUCGAAUCUAUUUAACUACAAGAAAUCCAACACCAGAAUUAUUACCGGAUAUGGAAGCUAUUGUUAAUGAAGUCAAUUUUACGACCACUCGCGCUGGACUUACUGGACAACUUUUGGCCACAGCAAUUCAACAUGAAAAACCUGAAUUAGAAGUUCGAAAAACUGAACUGCUUCGUAAAGAAGAAGAACUUAAAAUUGAAUUAGCAAAGUUAGAAGAUCAACUACUCGAAGAUUUAGCCAAUGCUACUGGUAAUAUCUUAGAAAAUAAAGAAUUAUUAGAAUCAUUGAAUAAAACAAAAGAAAAAUCUGCAACAAUAACAAGUGCACUUGAAGAAUCAGCUAAACUCGGAGAAGAUCUUGAUAAAGAAAGAAAUGAUUAUUUACCACUUGCUAAACAUGGCAGCAAACUAUUUUUUGUCUUAUCUGAUUUAGCUAAACUUAAUAACAUGUAUCAAUUUAGUUUAGCUGCUUUUCUACGUUUAUUUCAACGUAAUCUUGAACAGACAGACAAAGGUUCAACGCAAGAUCGAACAUUAACUUUAGGAAAAAAUCAACUUCGUAUGACAUAUAAAUAUAUUACUCGAUCAUUAUUUAAAACUGAUCGUUUAAUGUUUGCAAUGCAUUUAGUACAUGGAAUGUUUCCGAAGAAAGUUCCUGAUAAUGAAUGGGAACAUUUUAUUGGUACAGCAAUCGCUGAUGUAAAAGAAACUCGAUCACUGCCAUCAUGGGUUAAUGAAGAACGCUCAUUCGAUGUUUCAACUUUCAAAGCAAAUUUUCCACAACUUUUUUCGAAUCUUCGUUUUGAUGAUUCAUCAUGGUCAAAAUGGAAUUCAACAAAUGAAUGCGAAUUAUAUUUUCCUCAAGAUAAACAAAUAACAUCAUUUCAACAAUUAUUAGUCAUACAAGCAUUUCGACCUGAUCGUCUAGAAAGCACUAUGCGAUUGUUUGCUUGUGAUGUAUUAGGCAUUCCAGAUAUAUCACCUGAAACAUUAAAUUUAAAAAAACUAUACUCAAAAGAAACAAUUUCAACUGAACCUAUCUUAAUUAUUAUUUCAGCAGGUGCUGAUCCAUCAGCGGAACUUAGAGAUUUAGCUAUGCAAAUAACAGGCAAGGAUCGAUUUUCAGAAAUUGCGAUGGGACAAGGUCAAAUGCAAGUAGCACUUGAUCUGUUAAAGAAAUGCUCCAGUCAAGGUACAUGGUUAUGUUUAAAAAAUCUUCAUUUAGUAACAUCAUGGCUAACAACUCUUGAAAAAGAAUUAAAUGCAUUAAAGCCACAUAAAGAUUUCCGUUUAUGUAUUAAAAUUACCUAUGAAGCACCACCGGGUAUUAAAAAGAAUCUUUUGCGUACGUUUGAAAUCUGGACACAAGAUGAAUUCGGCAAAGGAAGUACUACACGUUCACAAACUCUCUUUGUUCUUGCUUGGUUCCAUGCUAUUGUACAAGAAAGAAGAAAAUACAUACCACAAGGUUGGACUAAAUUUUAUGAAUUUUCUCAAGCUGAUUUACGUGCUGGAUAUGAAAUUAUACAUCGAUUAUGUGAACGAGCUGAUAAACAAUCUGGCGGGGAAAUUCCAUGGGAUUAUAUUUAUGGUUUAUUUGAACAAGCUGUAUAUGGUGGUCGUGUUGAUAAUCCAGUCGAUACGGAUGUAUUAAAAUCUUAUUUGACACAAUACUUCAAUACAGCUGUAAUCGGUGGUUCGAGAGGUUCUAAGACUAGAUUAGCAUCAAAUAUUAAUUUACCGAAUUCAUCAAAUUUUAGUGAAUAUAAAAAGAUUUGUGAAGAUUUAAAUGAUGAUCAAGAUGCACCAAGUCUAUUUGGUUUACCAGCUAAUAUUGAACGAUCAGCACAACGAAUGAAUAGUACUCAGAUCAUAAAUUCAUUAAAAGUUCUCCAACGUACGGAUGUAGAAGUUGAAAAAUUUGAUAAAGACAAAUGGAGCGCACUACUAGCACCUUUACUUAAUUUAUGGAAGAAAUUGAAUCAGGAUACUGAUUUUAUCAAAUUAAAAGUUCAAACACCCGUUGAAGAUGGUUCAUUAUCACCAAUACAAUCAUUUCUUCAAUUAGAACGUUAUAAUGGUAUUCAAUUAGUGCAGACCAUUCAUGAGAAUUUAGCAUCAUUAUCAAAAGUUAUUCGAGGAAUUAGCUUAAUUACAAACGAAAUUCAAGAAUAUGCAAAAGAUUUACUUCAAAAUGAGACUCCGCAAACAUGGCAAGAUCGUUGGGAAGGUCCAACGGAUUCAAUGCAAUAUUUGCGUGUUGUUGUGUCCAAAGCCAAAGCAAUGCAACAAAUAACAUCAUCAAUUAAAGAUCGCGAUAUAUUUUCUCAAACAAUAAGCUUAUCGGAUCUCUUUCGUCCUGAUACAUUUUUAAAUGCAUUAAGACAACAAACUGCACGAGAAACUAAACAACCUAUGGAUACAUUGAUAUUAAAUACAUCGUGGUCUGGCGAAUCUAAACAUGGAAAAAAUGUCUCAAUCAAAAUUAGUGGUUUACAAUUAGAAGGUUGCUCAUUUGAUGGUGGACGAUUAAGUGAAAGUGCACCUGAUUCACCAAGUGUUACAGCAUUUCCAUCAUGUUCAAUUGCUUGGAUACCACGAGAUGCUGUUCAACAAGACACACGCGAAAUAAUUUCAUUACCAGUAUAUUUUAGUGCUGCUCGUGAUAAAAUUGUUACACGUCUUAACGUUCCAUGUAGCAGUGAUAAAGACAAAUGGCUACAAUGUGGUGCAGCUCUAUUUCUUAAAAACGUUUAA